CGUCAACAGUCCAAGCAUGUUCUCCGCCAAGAGCUCCGUACUGAUAGCCGUGAUCCUCGUCCAGCUGGUCGCCCUCAUCCAAGGUGGCAUCUACAGCAGGGAGGACAAUUGGGUGUAUGUGGACAAGUCCAUGGAUCUGCCUGAAGGAGUCGUGCUCGGUGGCAUCGAUUCCGAUGGUUACUACAACUACGUGGGACGUGUGGCCUCCGGCUUUAAUAUCCUGCCUGCUCGAGUGGUACCUGAGCUGGCAAAGGCCACCUACAACACCGACACUACCGGCUACCAGACCACCUCCUCCUACGAGGUGCUGGUGGGCAAUGCCACCGUUAGCUACCACUGGAUCCGCAGCUUUGAUGGUUUCCGGGAGAAGAACGCCGUUGCUGUGGGAACAAAUGCCGCCGACAAUCGAGUGUACAUCUGCCGCAUCCGUACCGAUAGCGGAGUCUUCAUUGGAACCCUGUACCUGAUCAAGCGGACGUGCAUCGUCAAGUACGAGAACCUGAACUUCCGGGAGUUUGACAAGUAUGAGAUCCUGGUUAGGGAGCGCCAUGUGAUUGAUUACGUUCCAUACCAUUUGUAGAUUUGCACUUUGUAUGAGGUGGAAAACUAAUAAAAUAUAUAUUUAUUUAUUGAACGAAAA